AUGGAGAAUAGGAUGCCAGGUUUUGUAAGUUUGGACUGUGGUGGUAAAGAAAAUUUCACCGACAAAAUUGGUCUUACAUGGACUCCUGAUACACUUAAGUAUGGAGAAAUAAGCACUAUAUCAGUUGCAAAUGAGACACGGAAGCAAUACACAACAGUACGACAUUUCCCAGCUGAUUCCAGAAAAUACUGCUACUCACUUGAUGUUGUUAGUAGGACAAGGUACCUACUGAGGGCAUCUUUCUUGUAUGGGAACUUUGAUGCAAACAAUGUUUAUCCGAAAUUUGACAUUUUUAUUGGUGCUACUCAUUGGUCGACUAUAGUUAUAUCUGAUGCGAACACUAUAGAAAUGAGAGAGCUUAUAUUUCUAGCUUUAAGUCCUACAGUUAGUGUAUGUUUAUCAAAUGCAACAACUGGAAAGCCAUUCAUAUCUACGCUUGAACUCCGGCAAUUCAAUGGUUCAGUUUAUUAUACAUACACUGAGGAACGCUUUUACCUCAGUGUCUCCGCAAGGAUAAAUUUUGGUGCAAACAGUGAUGCUCCAAUCAGGUAUCCUGAUGACCCAUUUGAUAGAAUUUGGGAGUCAGAUUCUAUCAAGAAAGCAAACUAUCUUGUUGAUGUUGCUGCGGGAACUAGGAAAAUUUCCACCAACAAAUCAAUUGAAGUUAGCCGUGAUGAAAUGCCACCAAUGAAAGUAAUGCAGACAGCUGUAGUGGGCACAAACGGAUCUCUAACUUACAGGUUGAACUUGGAUGGUUUUCCUGGUUUUGCAUGGGCAGUCACCUAUUUCGCAGAGAUUGAAGAUUUGGCUGAAAAUGAGUCCAGGAAAUUCAGGCUAGUACUUCCAGGUUAUCCGGAUAUUAGUAAGCCUGUGGUAAAUAUUGAAGAAAAUGCUCCAGGAAAAUAUAGCCUUUAUGAACCAGGAUAUACAAAUUUAUCCUUACCCUUUGUUUUGUCCUUUAAAUUUGCCAAAACAUCUGAUUCUGCCAGGGGCCCUCUUCUAAAUGCCAUGGAGAUUAAUGAGUAUUUGGAGAAAAAUGAGGGCUCUCCUGAUGGAGAAGUUAUAUCUAGUGUAACUUCACACUACUCCUCGGAAGAAUGGGCACAAGAAGGGGGUGACCCAUGUCUACCUGUUCCAUGGUCAUGGGUCCGCUGUAGCCCAGAUCAACAGCCAAAAGUAGUUUCAAUUUUGUUGUCCAGUAAAAACUUGACGGGCAAUAUUCCUUUGGACAUAACCAAACUGAGUGGUCUGGUUGAACUAUGGCUUGAUGGUAAUAUGUUGACUGGCCCAAUACCAGAUUUCACAGGAUGCAUGGACUUAAAGAUCAUUCAUCUUGAGAACAAUCGGUUGACAGGUGCCCUCCCAACCUCUUUGGCGAACCUUCCAAACUUGAGGGAAUUGUAUGUCCAAAAUAAUAUGUUAUCCGGAACUGUACCAUCGAAUCUUCUGAAGAAAGUUUCUCUUGUAAACUACUCUGGAAACACUAAUCUUCAUAAAGAUAGCAGAAAAAAGACCCCCAUGUAUGUGAUUAUUGGUUCAACAGUUGGGGCUGCUGUUCUACUUUUGGCCACUAUUAUAUCUUGCUUGUUUAAGCAUAAAGGAAAGGGCAAAUAUUACGAGCAAAACAGCCUUGUUUCCCACCCUUCUCAAAGUAUAGAUUCUUCUAAAGCCAUUGGUCCUGCAGAAGCCGCACAUUGUUACAGCUUUUCUGAGAUUGAAAACUCCACAAAUAAUUUUGAGAAAAAAAUUGGUUCUGGUGGUUUUGGAGUUGUUUACUAUGGGAAACUGAAAGAUGGAAAAGAGAUAGCAGUCAAAGUUCUGACCAGUAAUUCCUACCAGGGAAAACGAGAGUUCUCCAAUGAGGUGACUCUUCUCUCAAGAAUACAUCACAGAAAUUUGGUACAACUUCUUGGCUAUUGUCGAGAAGAAGGAAAUAGCAUGCUUAUUUAUGAGUUCAUGCAUAAUGGAACUCUCAAGGAACAUCUUUACGCCCCAUUAACGCACGGACGGAGUAUCGAUUGGAAGAAGCGGCUAGAGAUUGCAGAAGACGCCGCAAAAGGUAUAGAGUAUCUUCAUACAGGCUGUGUUCCUGCAGUCAUCCAUAGAGACUUAAAAAGCAGCAACAUUCUUCUUGACCAACACAUGAAAGCCAAGGUUUCAGAUUUUGGUCUUUCAAAACUUGCUGUGGAUGGGGCCUCCCAUGUUUCUAGCAUAGUUCGAGGGACAGUAGGAUAUUUGGAUCCUGAGUACUAUAUUUCUCAGCAGCUUACUGACAAGAGUGACAUUUAUAGUUUUGGUGUAAUUCUUCUUGAACUCAUAUCUGGUCAAGAAGCAAUAUCUAAUGAAAGCUUUGGUGCAAAUUGCCGAAACAUAGUCCAGUGGGCAAAACUACACAUCGAGAGUGGAGACAUACAAGGUAUUAUUGAUCCCGUGCUACAGAACAAGUAUGAUCUGCAAUCAAUGUGGAAGAUAGCAGAGAAAGCAUUGAUGUGUGUUCAACCACAUGGACACAUGAGGCCAUCAAUUUCUGAAGUUCUGAAGGAGAUCCAAGAUGCAAUUGCUAUUGAGAGAGAGGCCGAAGGGAAUUCAGAUGAGCCAAGAAAUUCGGUUCAUUCUUCAGUCAACAUGGAUUUGGCUGCUCCUGAGAGUUUCCUCUCAAUUGAUGAUUCCAUUGCACAACAACAACCUACUGCACGAUAG